AUGGCCAUGAGGAUUAUGUUGCUUGUGAAGCCUCCUGUGUUCAUCUUCCUUUUCACCUGUAUCCUCCGAAUUGGCCACACCUGGUCAGUGAACAAUUUCCUGAUGACUGGUCCAAAGGCUUACCUGAUAUAUUCCAGCAGUGUGGCAGCUGGUGCCCAGAGUGGUAUUGAAGAAUGCAAGUAUCAGUUUGCCUGGGACCGGUGGAACUGUCCUGAGAGAGCCCUGCAGCUGUCCAGCCAUAGUGGCCUUCGCAGUGCUAAUCGGGAGACAGCGUUUGUACAUGCCAUCAGCUCUGCUGGGGUCAUGUACACUCUGACUAGAAACUGCAGCCUCGGGGAUUUUGACAACUGUGGCUGUGAUGACUCCCGCAAUGGGCAGCUGGGGGGCCAAGGCUGGCUGUGGGGAGGCUGCAGUGACAACGUGGGCUUCGGAGAGGCAAUAUCCAAGCAGUUCGUCGAUGCCCUAGAGACAGGACAGGAUGCCCGGGCCGCCAUGAACCUGCACAACAAUGAGGCCGGCCGCAAGGCGGUGAAGGGCACCAUGAAACGCACGUGUAAGUGCCACGGCGUGUCCGGCAGCUGCACCACGCAGACCUGCUGGCUGCAGCUGCCUGAGUUCCGCGAGGUGGGCGCGCACCUGAAGGAGAAGUACCACGCGGCUCUCAAGGUGGACCUGCUGCAGGGUGCCGGCAACAGUGCGGCCGGCCGCGGCGCCAUCGCCGACACCUUCCGCUCCAUCUCCACGCGGGAGCUGGUGCACCUGGAGGACUCCCCGGACUACUGCCUGGAGAACAAAACGCUAGGACUGCUGGGCACCGAAGGCCGAGAGUGCCUGCGGCGGGGGCGGGCCCUGGGCCGCUGGGAGCGCCGCAGCUGCCGCCGGCUCUGCGGGGACUGCGGACUGGCGGUGGAGGAGCGCCGUGCCGAGACCGUGUCCAGCUGCAACUGCAAGUUCCACUGGUGCUGCGCCGUCCGCUGCGAGCAGUGCCGCCGGCGGGUUACCAAGUACUUCUGCAGCCGCGCCGAGCGGCCGCGGGGGGGCGCGGCGCACAAACCCGGGAGAAAGCCCUGAGGGUCUCCUUUCUCCCCUCCUUUCCCCAUUUGUCCUUGGCUUCUUUUAGAGACCCCAGUAAUAGAGGAACCUAGGGAACUGUCCCCCCCCCCCCACAUUCCCCUGCCCAGGGAUCCCAAGAGGGAGAGAC